UGAAAAUUCUUCAUUCUUGAAUAUAACCGCCACGGGAAUCGCCGCACGUGGAGCGUCGCACGUAGAGCACAACUGAUAACCUCAUAAACCUAAUCUUGUUCACAUAAAAAGAAGCAUUUGAUCUAAUGAAAGAUUUAUCUAAUUAAUAUAUAAAUAUAGUGUUAAAAAUACUUUCGAUAAAAUAAAAAAUCCGAGGUUUUCUAAUCGAAAUACACAAUGGUGCAAAGUAGGAUAUUCGCGCGAAAUCGAGCCCUUGGAUAUGUAAGUAAUCACAUACCUCUGGUGACGAGGUACAUCCUCAGAAGGAAGGAACAUCUCCUCGUCACUUGCGUGGGUCGAGAAUUCCAUACUUAUGGAUGUAAACAUUUUACUCUAUUGAGCGUGUCGGGCAUGCACGCCGACGAUAUCACGUGCCUGGCUACGGACACGUUUCACGUGUACACGGCCAGCGCGAAUAAUAUCUACGCGUGGCGAAGAGGAACGGAGUUAAAACACACGUAUAAGGGUCACGAUUGCGCGGUACAUAUUCUUCUACCGUUUGGCGCUCACCUGCUUUCUAUCGAUGAGAAUAGCACGUUGAAAGUUUGGGACAUCAAAGACGAGAGUUUAAUAUUGGAGUUGAACUUCAGCAAUAACGUCUUCAAAAUAACCACGUUGAUACAUCCUAAUACUUAUAUAAAUAAAAUCUUGCUAGGUAGCGAACAGGGUCAGUUGCAGCUAUGGAACAUCAGAUCUAUGAAAAUGAUCUACACGUUUAAAGGAUGGCAGAGCAGCGUGACAGCGUUGGAGCAAGCGCCUGCGAUAGACGUGGUCGCGAUAGGUUUGAAUGACGGUCGAAUUAUUCUGCAUAAUCUCAAGUACGAUGAGACCCUCUUUGAACUGGUGCAAGACUGGGGCCCGGUUAUAUCCAUCAACUUCCGUACGGAUGGCCAUCCAAUCAUGGCAACUGGCAGUUUAGGCGGUCAAAUAGUAUUUUGGAACUUGGAGCAACGUACGGUGGAGAGUCAAUUGUGCCAUGCCCAUAAUGCUGCUGUUACAGGUCUGAGGUACAUACCGAACGAACCACUAUUGGUUUCGUCCUCGCCUGACAAUUCUCUAAAGCUGUGGAUAUUCGAUAUGGCCGAUGGAGCGGGUAGACUCUUAAGAAUAAGAGAGGGUCACGCUGAACCUCCGACUAUCGUUCGAUUUUACGGGAAUGACGGCAAUUAUAUAUUGACCACAGGUGGUGAUUCGUCUCUUCGACUGUUUUCCACUGUUACGGAGAUAAUGAACAAGAGUUUAGGUAGAGCGUCGUUUAAUAGGAAAGCAUCUAAGAAGAAAAGUCUCUCGGUCGAUGAUCCGUUAUUAAUGCCGCCGAUAACCGAGCUCGCGUUUGAAGAAACGCGUGAGAAGGAAUGGUGCAACAUAGCCGCCACUCAUUCCGGCUUGGGUGUAGUCACUACAUGGUCGUCUCAUCUGCAGAAGAUGGGCGAUCUUAAAUUGCUUCCCGAGAGAUUUAAAAAUAAUUACAAUGCCAGCGCGACCAGCUUAUGUUUAACGAGAUGCGGAAACUUUGUUGUGAUCGGUUACAACACGGGUCACAUUGAUAGAUUUAAUAUUCAAUCUGGAAUCCAUAGAGCAUCCUAUGGGGACGAGAACGGUGCUCACGAGGGACCUGUUAAAGGCGUCAUGGUUGACGAUUUGAAUCAAACUCUCAUCAGUGCUGGCAGAGACGCGAAAAUCAAAUUUUGGGAUUUUAAACCUGGGAAAGGUAUGACAACGGCAAGGACGAUAUUAACGUUAGAAGAAUCGAUCGAAUGGAUACGAUAUCACAAUGAGAAUUCCCUCGUAGCUGUAGCUUUAGAAAAUUUUGAUAUUGUAUUAAUGGAUCUGGAUACAAGAAAAAUAGUUCGACAUUUUCGAGGACACGAGGGACGAGUAACGGAUGCGUGUUUCAAUCCUGAUUCCAGGUGGUUAAUCACAGCAUCCAUGGAUUGCACAAUACGCACUUGGGAUAUACCAUCUUCACAUUUAAUAGAUAUCUUUCAGGUUCCUGAAGCUUGUAUAUCUCUAAAUUUCUCUCCGACAGCCGAAUUUCUUGCGACCGCACAUGUACGUAACAUGGGGAUCUUCUUGUGGUCGAAUCGUAUGCUUUAUUCGCAUGUAUCGUUGAAGGCCAUCAGUAAAGACGAUAUGAUACCCGAAGUGUUACUUCCCGGCUCUUCUGUCGAAAUCGAGGAGCAAGUUGAUGAAAACGAUGUCGUCGCCACGGAGCCAGAUUAUACAUCUCCUGAUCAGCUCGAUAAUGAUCUCAUAACUAUGUCUGCCGUGGCUCAGUCGAGAUGGCGAAAUAUACUUGACAUCGAUAUUAUUAAAAAGCGAAACAAGCCGCAACAGCCGCCAAAAGCUCCUGAGACGGCGCCAUUCUUCUUGCCUACGAUUCCGUCAUUGCAAUUACGUUUUGAUUUCUCGGACGUUAAAAUUGCCGACAAGACCGAAACUUCACAUUCCGCUUUACAAAAUCUGACAUCAUUUAAUAAAAGUUUACAAUCGACCAGUACGAGUGACAAUUUUUCAGAAGUGAUAGAAAAAUUGAAAGCGAUGAAUCCUGGCGACAUCGAUUUCGAGAUUCAGUCAUUAUCUCUAGACGAGAGCUCCGCGGAAUUGUUGAUAUUGCAAUUCAUGAAAAUGCUUUAUUACAUGAUGAAACAACAGACAAACUUCGAAUUGUCGCAAGCUUACUUGGCAGUAUUCUUAAAGUGGCAUGGUACCGCGAUAUCAGAAAACGAGACGCUACAAGAUCAUCUUCGGAAGAUCCAAGAGGCGCAAAAGAAAAAUUGGCUUAUAUUACGGGAGAAAUUAUUUUAUAAUUUAAGUGUUGUACAAAAAUUAAAAAAAAUAUAA